GUGCUUUCAAGUAUGAUUAGUUGCCUACCUGACAUUAGUUAACAGCAGCUUUUGGAGCGCUUUGCGCUUGUAAACAAGAAAAAAAAGCGACGCAGGUGUUAAAACUGUUUACCCUCAUCAAAUGUAGACUUUAAUUAACAACUGAGCCCUUAACCAUGUGCGUUGUAAUUUAAACAAGAGUGCACCUGUCGUGCGUGUUUUGUUUUGCGUGUUUAGACGAAGCUUUCGGCGAGCUUCUUUGGGUUUUUAGUGCGUGGAGGUUAUGUGCGACUUUUUAAAAUGGUCUUCAACCGAAAACGCAAAGAUAAUAGGUCGUCCAGUUUUAUACUGGACGAUAGCCCGAAAAGGACAAAAGUCCAAGCACAAAGGAAAUUUGCCCAAACCUCAAACAUAAAUUCACCAGUACUCACUCCUGUGACAGAGAUUGAAAUCCAGGAAAAAGUGAUGCCAGAGCCUAUUGAGUUGCUACCAAUGAAGAGACCCAAUACUGAAGACUUCUUGACCUUUUUAUGUUUUCGCGGCACACCUGCAUUGCCUCAGAGCUUGAGCUUUUUUAAUAAUGCUGCAAUGACUGAGGGUCCACCGCCGAUUUCGGAAUCGCCUGGAUCGAGCAAAAAUGGCGUUAUUCUGCCGGCAAACAUUGGUAAAGCUCAGGGUGAUAAACCGUUCAUUGCUUUCGGAGUAAGGAAGCGCGCCGAUCCUGUUGUGGUUUCAAGACACAUGGAUAAGAAGCGUCGGCAUGCAUUGGCAUUACAAGCACUGAGGAGGAAAUAUCAGGAGCAAAAGAUGGCAAAAAUCCGAGCCAUAACAAUUAGUAAACUAUCAGAAAAAGUUCACACGAAUAAAACUGUGGUGCGAACAACACGGAGCAUCACCAAAGCGGAGCCGGUUACAAAGAAGAAUGUCGCGCAGAAAACUAAAAUCACUGUAGUCGCAACGAAACAUGUCAAAGUCACAACAAGAAGGUCGAGUAUUCAGCAAACUAACAGCACCGCAAACAUUAAACAAAAGAUGACGCUGAGGAAUCUCAGGAAUCGUGUGGUUAAACGAGAAAUUAAAAAAAUCGCCAACACAAAGGGAAACAUCAAAGAAAAUUUAAAAAAUAAGAAUUCAAUAAAAGCAGUUGACGAAUUGGAAGAGGAAGAAGUUGAAGAAGAAGAAGAGAACCAAGAAGAUGAAGAGGAUGAAGAUGAUGAGGAAUAUUCCACAGAUAAUUCAGAAGAAUCUCAGGAGGAAACACCGCCCCAGAAGAAAUUGCCAGAGAGGAAAAAUCAAAAUUUAAGGGUGACGCGGUCGAAUAUUCUACAAAAUAAGCGCAUCUUAAUACGGCAACAGAAUCUAAAAGGGUCGCCAACCUCUCCAAGGUUGAGAAGUCAACUAAGAAGGAAAAUUUUGCAAGGAAAAACUGAACUGAACGUGCCUAAGCGAAGAAUUUUAACUAGAAAAGUGCAGAUCAAAACAAAAACAAUUGCAAAGAAAGUGCAGACUAAGACUAAGGAUAAAGUUGAGAAAUCAGAGAAGAGUGACACUAAGGCUGAUGUGAAAGUUGAAGCGAAAGAGUCGCCGGGAGCCAAUACCCGAGAAAAUGUACGAAAAAAGCAGGAAAUAUUAAAUUCUCUUAAGAAGGAUGCAAAAACUAAGAGAAUUAUCAAAGGUAAAGUUAAAGUUGAAGAGGAUAAACCAAAAGUAAUAAAGAAAAUUGAAGCAAAUAAGAAAACGGAAGAAAAAACUAAAAAGUUACCUGAAACAAAAGUGAAAAAGGAAAAGAUUGAAGACAAAGAUGAAGCAAAUAAAAAAUCAACUAACAAAAGUGAGAAAAAUACACCUGAUGAAAAAUCUAAAAAGGAAGAAACUCCGGAGAAAAAGGUGAAGAAAACUGAAAAGAAAACAAAAGACACCAAGAAAGUCACCGAUGAUGAAAAACCUAAGGAAUCACCAAUUUUAAAGAAGACACCCGCAAAAAAAGCUGAUCAAACCGUGAAUGUGAAAAGUCCUGUGUCAGAAACAAAGAAUGACACAGAGAAUAAAACAGUUAGUAGUGUAAACAAAUCUAAUAAAAGUAUACAAAAACAAGAAAAUAGCAGUAUUCAAGAGAAGCCUGAAAAAGUGACCAACAAAAAGAAUAAUGAUGACAAAUUGACGAAAAAUGUGAAAGCUAAGGAACCCAAAGAGAAAGAAAAAUUGGAUAUUGAUAAAACGGACAUUUCCAAAAUACCAAUACUACCAAUAAUUGAAAAUAAUAAAUUUAUUGUUGGUAAAGGAAUCGUUAUUGAAGAAAUAGCUCCAUUUAAACCAGUGCCGGAAAUAAAGCAAAUUGAAAAAUUAACAGAAAAAUGUGAUAAAGUGGAAAAAGCUGAAAAAGUAGACAAACCUUUAAGUCCCAAAUUUAACAAAAAGGUUGAUAAAGUAGAGAAAAAGGAAAAACAAGAGAAACAAGACAAAACAUUGUGUGAAAAAGUAGAUAAAACACCUACAGCAAAGAAAGUAAGUGACAAAUCUAACGAAACUUGUGAUAAAGUUGAAAAGAAAACUGAAACUUCGACGAUUCGAGAGAGGCCAGCGCGCAAAACAAAGUUAGCAGCCGCAAUUUACAUGGAAAUCCUAGGUAGAAAGUUGGUGAACGAUGAUGAUGUUGAUAAUAUGUCUAUCGAUAGUUUUCCGGAGCUACCAAACGUUCGCAAAAUGGAGCAGAGAGAAAACGAACUAAAAUUAAAAGCAAAAAUGAAAACAACAGCCAAGAAAGCAGCAAAUUCUCCUGCAAAAGUAGACAAAACCGAAAAAAUUGAUAAAUUAGACAAGAAGCGUAAAGAUUGCGAAUCAGAAACGGAAACAACCAAAUCCAAACCAGAAUUACUUGAUAAAACGUCAUCAAAAAGUUUAGUAUCUCCAAAAAAUCAACAAGGAUCACCAACGAAGAAUUCAUCUGCAAACUUUUCAGAUUCUGACUCUGAGAAACUAAUUCUUAAAAAGUUAAAGAAGCAAAAGCUAGAUGCAGCUGAAACUGUGCAGGCUGUACCCAAGAAGACAAUGACAAAGAAAAAGACCAAGAAAUUGGAUGAUACAUUCAGUUUCAGUGAAUCGGAUGAAGAACCACUGGUGAAACUUACACAGAAAGCUUCUGAAAAUGAAAAGUCUAAGAGUGAAGCAGAAAGCACAGUAAAACAAAAGAGAGAGUGUGCAAAGCGGCCGCAGAAUUACUUACCUUUAUUUUCUACUUCCGAUGAAGAGGAGAAGUUCUUCAAGAAUGAGAGACCAUUGAUGAAGAAGAAAGUUGCAAAGACUGAAGUUCCAGCUGCUGCACAAGAAGUCCUGCUUUCUUCAAAAGAUAUUGGUAAAAGAUUUGGAAAAGGAAAAGUUAAUAUGUCUAAUGAACAAAUCGAAAAAUGGCUUAACGACAGUGCAAUGGCCGGUGUUAUGGUAAUCAAAGCUGAAAAUGAUGAAAUGCUAAAGUUCGGCGAGCGUAUACCAACGGAAACUUCACUUGAUAACAACUUAAGCACACUCAACAUGGAACAUUUGAAAAAUUCGUUACUCAAAGAAGAAAUAACGAAAACUGCGCCGAUUUUAAUUUCCUCCGUGCAUACUACACCAGAAAAAUCGACUACUAGUUCCCAGAAACCUUUAUCAAAUGAAAAGAAGACUAUUUUCCGUAAAGCAGAACAAAUCUCAAAGAACUCCAAUGCAUUCUCAGCGUGUAACGAAAGCAGUGUGUAUGCUUUCGAAGCUGAUAAUGAAGAUUCAGUAAGCACACCGUUUCGAAGACCAUCAAGAAGACCCAGUAGUACAGCCACGAGCAGAUCAGAAGACGAUCCUAAUCCUAUUAAUCGAUUAAAUUUAGGAUUAGGUUUGGGUCUUGAUCGCCUGGAAACCGAACAGAAAAAGUUCCGUUUGCCUACGACAAUGGCGACAACUUCCAAUAUGGCGUCAGUGCCGACUACAUCUGCAGUGGGGAAUAAAACAAAAGAAGUUUCACUUAUGUUAACGGAUGAAUCGAAUACCAGUGGACCAAUUACAGUCCAAGUAAAUCUCGAAUCCACAGACAAUGAACCUGCAGGUCAGGGUGACAAUGAGCACAUGUUUUAUUUACCCUUCCAGCCGGGAUCCAAAGGUGCGGCUGGUAGUAAUAUUCAAGGCGUUGCUAUAAAGAUGGGCACCGAAUCGAACAACCAGAAAGUUGUAAUGAGCGCAAAACUAGUGCGACACAAUUCUUCUGGAAGUCUAAACUUGCAAUCGACACCAAUGUUCCCACCAUCUAGUCCAAAUAUGUUUAAGAAGACGGAGAGAUCCAAACAGCCAUGUUGUAGUAUGAGUGAAACAUCAGAUUCGGGUGAUUUUAAAUAUAAAGUCCCCAGCUCGCCGAGUGCAAGCUCAUCUUCAUCAGCGAAAUUAGUCAAUAAAAGAGCAAAACAAGUUAAUGAGGAUUUGUACAAACCGGUAAACGAUACAGACUUUCCGAAUAUGUUGAAUGAUGCGAAGAUUGUUGAGGCGCCGGUGUUUCAUCCAACGGAAAAGUUUGUGGAUCCGUUAGAGUACAUUGAGAAAAUCCGAGAAAAGGCGGAGCGGUUUGGUGUAUGCAGGAUUGUUCCGCCGGGAAAUUUCAAACCUGAAUGUAAAGUGUUGGAUGAGAUGCGGUUUACUGCUUAUAAUCAGUAUGUGCAUAAGAUGAUGCAUAGAUGGGGGCCUAACUUUCGGGAAUUGGUUGCCAUUCGGAAAUAUUUGGCUACGCAGAGUAUUAGCUUAAAACAUCCACCAUGGAUUGGAGGGAUUGAAGUAGAUUUACCGAAACUUUAUCAAACUGUGCAAAUCCUCGGUGGACUGAAAGAGGUAAUCGAAAAGAAAAAAUGGCCGCGCGUAUCGGAACUAAUGAAGAUUCCCAAAUCUGCUCAAGAUCGCGUCACAAAGCUUGACGACAUGUAUUGUAAAUAUCUCCUACCCUAUGACACAUUAUCACCUGACGAAAGAGAAAAAUUAUUCGCGCAAGUCGAAGCCGAUUGGGCGAAGCGUGAAGCAAAAAUGCUUGAAAAAGCUAAAAAUGGCACCCAGAUCCUGGAUGAGCCUGAGCCCGAAGAUGAAGAAGACGAGGAAGAUGAAGAAGAGUCCGAAAGUGAAGCCGAUAUUGAAUGCAUUGUUAAAGGGCGCAGUAUGGCACUCAGCGCAUUCUAUCGCAUUGCCCGCAAUACAAUGGCGAUGUGGUUCAAAGAAGGCGAGCCAACAGCGCAAGAAGUCGAGGAAGAAUUCUGGAAGCAUGUUGUGGAGCGUCAGCAUCACAUUUGCGUGCAUUCUGGAUCCAUAGACUCGGGAAACUUUGGUUAUGGCUUUGCAGUUUCCAAAAACAGUCCUUUCGCGAGACACGCGUGGAAUUUAAAAGUCUUAACCAAUAACAGCGGGUCUAUAUUGAGAUCAAUGGGGCCGGUAAUGGGUUUAACAGUACCUACACUUCAUGUGGGAAUGCUGUACGCUGGAUGUUGCUGGUACAGAGACCCGCAUAGUCUACCGUGGAUUGAAUACUUACACACAGGAGCGAAUAAGAUCUGGUAUGGUAUACCGGACUCGAUGAGUGACAAGUUCCACGAAACAAUGGUCAAACUAGUUCCGCAUUACUGUUUGAAUAAAAGCCUAUGGCUACCAACCGAUACAGUAAUGGUUCCACCAUCUACCCUGGUAGAUCAUGGAGUAUCUUUAACUAAGACCCUGCAGGAACCAGGACAAUUUGUUGUUGUUUUCCCAAAAGCAUUUACUUCGAAUAUCUGCGCGGGUUAUGUAGUCUCGGAGAGUGUGUUCUGGGCACCACCUGAUUGGUUAUCCUGUGCUGAUAAAGUAUUCCUGGAGUUACGGAAUAGUUGCGAGCCGUCAAUGUUUUCCUACGAAAGGUUAUUGUUAAGUAUGGCACAGGAUCCAAGAAGUGAUGUUAAGGUUCUAAAAGGAUUAUUCCCAAUUGAGCGGAUGAUCGAACGCGAAAAGAAAGAGCGAGCUAAGAUUAAGGAAAUGGGCAUCAAGAAGACUGAAAGGUUGCCUUUAUUGGACGCGAAGCGCAAGAAGAAGAUGCAGGACACGGACACUGAGUAUAUCUGUGAGGACUGCAGGUGGAAUUUGUAUUGUACAAUGAUUUGUGAUAGUCCAGAUAACGGUUACUAUUGCCUGGAGCAUGCGAUCGAAAACAUUCAAGAAAAGCGUAUCGAAUUGGAGAAUCUUAAAUUAAUGUAUACGUACGACGAUAACGAGCUGGAGAAUUUCGUGGCGAAAAUCCACGCCGCCAUCGAAGCGAAACUGAUAAAGAAAGUAGGCGGAAAGUUUUCGGGAAUGGCGACGCUUCUAAAUCGGUAAAUUACAAAUUUUAAUAGAAAACUAUUUUUACGAUGAACGCGAGAAUAUAUUUUCGGACACAUUUUAUGGUUAGAACGGUUAUUAAUAUUGGAGCGCUUUCUAGACGCCAUGCUACGCAAUGAUUUAUGCAUAAAUGUACAAACAAAUGAUGAAUACGUAGAUGAUAAUAAUUUAUGAAUAAAUUACUUUAAAAAAACCA